GAUAGAUUAUGUCGAAUUUGAUUUUUCUUUGAAGGACCCACGUGAGUGAUAUUUCUUUUGAUCAGAACAAUCAAGUUUGUCCGUGAAUAUUGUAAAAAAUUAUCCUAUCGAUUCGAAAAUAUUUUUUAAUUGCUCGAACAUUUUAAAUCAUUUCUUUACUUUGAAUUGUUUAUUCUGUAGUUAAAACUAUGAUAGGUUCUGGAGCUACUCCCAUUGUCGUCCUAAGUCAAAAUACUAGACGUGAUUAUGGCAGGAAAGUUCAAAAAGAAAAUAUUCAAGCAGGCAAGACCAUUGCUGAUAUUAUAAGAACCUGCCUAGGACCUCAAGCAAUGUUGAAAAUGCUAAUGGACCCCAUGGGUGGAAUAGUAAUGACCAAUGAUGGUAACGCUAUAUUACGAGAAAUAACUGUUCAGCAUCCUGCUGGAAAAUCCAUCAUAGAAAUAGCAAGAACUCAAGAUGAAGAAGUUGGUGAUGGCACGACAUCUGUCAUUGUCUUAGCAGGCGAAUUGCUUGCUAACGCUGAGCCGUAUUUAGAACAAGGACUUCAUCCCACAGUUAUAAUCAAAGCUUAUAAACGAGCGCUUGAUGAUAUUAUUAAUGUGUUGAAUGAUGAUGAUAAAUAUCACUUAAGUAUACCAUUAGACUGUACGAAUAAAGUAAAAUUAGCUGAAGUUCUUAAGUCUUGUGUGGGUACAAAAUUUAUCGGACGUUGGUCUGAAUUGACUUGCAAAAUAGCUCUAGAAGCAGUAACAACUAUCUCAUCCAAGCCUAAUGGCUUCCACGAAAUUGAUAUCAAACGCUACAUCAAGGUAGAAAAAAUACCAGGAGGUUCCAUUGAAGAUAGCUGUGUUUUAAAAGGUAUUAUGUUAAAUAAAGAUGUAACACACCCAAAAAUGAAACGUUUCAUCGAAAAUCCACGAAUCGUUUUAUUGGACUGUCCAUUAGAGUAUAAAAAAGGUGAAUCUCAAACAAAUGUAGAAAUAUUUAAAGAUACUGACUUCACAAGAAUGUUAGAACUUGAAGAAGAGCAUGUAAAAAAAAUUUGUGAUGAUAUUAUUUCUGUAAAACCUGACGUUGUUUUCACUGAAAAAGGAAUAUCAGAUUUAGCACAACAUUACUUAUUGAAAGCUGGUAUCUCAGCGGUCAGACGAGUAAGGAAAAGCGACAAUAAUAGAAUUGCACGAGCUUGUGGUGCAACUAUUGUAAAUAGAACUGAGGAAUUACGGGAAUGCCACGUUGGAUCUGGAGCUAAAAUUUUCGAAAUAAAGAAAGUUAAUGAUGAAUUUUUUUGUUACAUUAGAGAAUGUAUUAACCCAAAGGCUUGCACCAUUAUACUGCGAGGUGCAAGUAAGGAUAUUCUGAAUGAAACUGAAAGAAACUUACAAGAUGCUCUUCAUGUGGCAAAAAAUUUGAUGAUCAAACCUAAGCUUGUUCCAGGAGGUGGAGCAAUUGAAUUGGCCUUGUCUCGGAUAUUGAUUGAAAAAUCAGCUAAUCUUGCUGGCAUAGAACAAUGGCCGUAUAAAGCCGUCGCUCAAGCUCUUGAAAUUAUUCCUCGAACAUUAGCUCAAAAUUGUGGUGCUAACACUAUACGGACACUAACGGCUUUACGUGCUAAACAUGCAGCUGAAGGUACAUCAACAUGGGGAAUAAAUGGAGAGUCCGGAAAAUUAAUUGACAUGAAUCACCUUGGUAUUUGGGAACCAGUUACUGUGAAGCUUCAAAUAUACAAGACCUCUAUCGAAACAGCGAUUCUUCUUUUGAGGAUAGAUGACAUUGUUUCUGGAAAUAAGAAAAAAAAUUCCGAAAAUAGUAAUGCACAAUCUUCGUUAGUAUCGGAAGAGUCAGUGAAAGAAUAAACUGAAUAAAAUUUUUAAUUUUUUAACAUGUGGUUGUUGUCCAAUUAACAAUAAACUUCUUUUUAU